AUGUUGUUUGUGACGGUGAUUGGUUAUGAUAUUAAUAUAGCAGUUGCUGAAUACAAGGUAUUUGAAAAGCAGUUGGAAUGGUCAGAAUACGCUUCGAUGAUUAUUGAUCAAACUUAUUUAACAACAUUGGGAUAUUCGAUGAUUGUGUAUGAUUCCAUGUUUUUUACAUUAAUUAAUUGCGCGGUUAUUCAAAUGAUUAAGGUGCAAUAUGGUUUGGAGCACUUAGAUAUGACGCGAGAUCCUUAUACAGAAUUUUGUAAAUUGGUUAAAUACCACGAUUUUAUUUUGAGGUUCAUAACUUACAUAAAUGGUAUUUAUUCUAUUCAAUUGUUGAAUCAUUUUUUUACAACUACUUGUUGUAUCUGCGUCGGAAUUUUUAUGUUGAAUGUUGAUGGGUUCCCACCAUCAACGGAUAAAUUAUCGUACGUUUCGUACUUGGUUUGCCACAAUUAUCAAUUAUAUAUUUAUUGUUCUUACGGACAAAUUCUUCUUAAUGAAAUGGAAGCCGUUGGAGAAUCAUUGUAUAAUUCGGAUUGGUACAAAAAGUUUCAGCCAAAAUUAAGGAAGGCGAUGUCGUAUGUAAUCAUAAUGUCAAAUCUCCCAAAUAAAUUAACGAUUGGAGGUUAUUGGGAAUUGAAUUUAAAAACUUACAUGUCAAUCGUUAAAACGGCCUUCUCCUUUAACGCGUUCGUUCAAAACGUUUUCAAUAAGUCUAAGUAACUUAAUUUCACGG